AGGAGGGCGGGCGCAGGCGCAGUCGCCGGCCGAAGGUGGAAUGUGGUGACGUUGUGGAAGCUCGGACAGUUGGCGGCGGUUCCUUUGUUGUCGGUAACGGCGGCGGCGCGAGCGGGUGAAGAGGGAGCGCGCGAGAUGAACGUGGACCGGAUCGAGCUGUGCGACAGUCUGCUGACAUGGAUUCAGACAUUUGGUCUGCAGGUGCCAUGCAAGAAAAUAGACGAUUUGACAAGUGGCGCUGUGAUGGCACAGGUUCUACAGAAAAUAGAUCCGGCAUGGUUUGAUGAUACCUGGAUAAAUCGUAUCAAGUCAGAAGUCGGGGAUAACUGGCGACUAAAGGUUAGCAAUUUGAAGAAAAUUUUAAAAGGCAUACUGGAUUACUAUCAUGAGGUGCUGGGGCAGCAAAUUACUGAUUUCCCAUUGCCAGAUGUUAAUUUGAUAGGAGAACACUCAGAUGCAGCAGAACUUGGACGAAUGUUACAACUUAUUCUUGGCUGUGCUGUCAACUGUGAGCAGAAACAAGAGCAAAUACAAACAAUCAUGGUGAUGGAAGAAUCUGUUCAGCACGUUGUCAUGGCAGCCAUUCAGGAGCUCAUGAGUAAAGAAACACCAGCAUCAAUUGGGAAUGAUGCAUACCUGGAUCUUGAUCGCCAGUUAAAGAAAACAACUGAAGAGCUCAAUGAAGCAUUGGCAGCAAAGGAGGAGAUUUCACAAAGAUGCCAUGAACUGGAUAUGCAGGUUGCAGCUCUGCAAGAAGAAAAAGGUAGUUUAUUAGUAGAAAAUCAGACCCUUAUGGAGCGACUCAAUCAGUCUGAUUCUAUUGAAGAUCCCAACAGCCCAGCAGGACGUAGACACCUCCAACUGCAAUCGCAGUUGGAACAACUUCAGGAAGAGACUUUCAGGCUGGAAGCUGCAAAAGAUGAUUAUAGGAUUCGAUGUGAGGAACUGGAGAAAGAACUUCUAGAACUACGACAGCAGAAUGAAGAACUUGCGAGCCUUGCAGAGGAAGCCCAAUCUUUAAAGGAUGAAAUGGAUGUCCUGAGGCAUUCUUCUGAUAAAGUGGGUAAAUUGGAAGGCAUGGUGGAAUCAUAUAAAAAGAAGCUAGAAGAUCUGGGUGACUUGCGCCGGCAGGUGAAGCUCCUUGAAGAGAAGAAUACUAUGUACAUGCAGAACACAGUCAGUCUGGAGGAGGAGCUACGGAAAGCAAAUGCUGCACGAGCUCAACUGGAAACAUACAAGAGACAGGUCGUGGAGCUUCAAAGUAGGUUGUGUGAAGAGUCAAAAAAAGCAGACAAAAUGGAGUUUGAAUAUAAAAGAUUGAAAGAGAAAGUGGAUACCCUACAGAAAGAAAAAGAGAGAUUAAGAACAGAGAGAGAUUCUUUAAAGGAGACAAUUGAAGAACUGCGAUGUGUUCAAGUACAUCAAGGCCAACUCACUGCAGGACUUAUUCCAAUGAACAGUCAAGAAGCAUCAGAUAGUUUAGCAGCAGAAAUAAUAACCCCUGAAAUCAAGGAAAAACUUAUCCGAUUGCAACAUGAAAACAAAAUCCUGAAGUUGAAUCAAGAGGGAUCAGAUAAUGAAAAAAUAGCUUUACUGCAAAGUUUACUGGAGGAUGCCAAUAGAAGGGAGAGCGAACUAGAGACAGAGAACAGGCUAGCCAACCAGAGGAUAUUGGAAAUACAGUCCCAGGUUGAAGAACUUCAGAAGGCAUUACAAGAUCAGGGCUCGAGGGCUGAGGAUUCAAUUCUUCUGAAAAAGAAACUGGAAGAACAUUUGGAGAAGCUACAUGAAGCUCAUACGGAGCUUCAGAAGAAACGAGCCUAUAUUGAUGACUUGGAACCAAAAUACAAUAACAGCUCUCAAAAGAUUGAAGAGCUUCAGGAAGCCCUAAGAAAGAAGGAUGAAGAUAUGAAACAAAUGGAGGACAGAUAUAAAAAGUACCUAGAAAAAGCAAAGAGUGUUAUCAGAACGUUGGACCCUAAACAGAACCAAGGAGCAGCCCCGGAAGUUCAGUCUUUGAAAAAUCAGCUGCAAGAAAAGGAAAGAAUGUUACAUUCCUUAUCGAAAGAAUAUGAGAAGACAAAGAUUCAGAGAGAACAUGAAGAGAAGUUAAUUGUCAGUGCUUGGUAUAACAUGGGUAUGGCACUUCACAAGAAAGCAGCAGAAGAAAGACUUACAAGCACUGGUUCAGGACAGUCCUUCCUUGCUAGACAGAGACAGGCAACAAGCGCACGGCGACCAUACCCUGGACAUGUUCAACCAGCUACAGCAAGGUAGAAGGUAAAACCAAUGGCUUAUGCACAAAUCAUAUGCCGCACCAUUUAACCCAACAUCUUCAGCUACUUGUAAACUUCUGUUCACUUUCAGUUUAUAAAACUUUUGAGCUAAUAUUUGUACUAAAUUUGUUUAUUUUAUCCAUGUGACAUUUUAUGCCACAAUUGUAAUAUAAAAUGAUCAGUGGAAUAAUGUGAAUGUUUCAUGUUCUCAUAAGGAUAAUUUAUUCAGAAAUGAUUGAGAAUACUUUUCUGUUUAACUUUAUUUCCACAUUUGUAACCUGACUUUGUCAGUAUAAAUGUUCAUCCUUUUAUUGACAUUUGAAAUAUUUACCUUAAAAUGAAGAGACUGUUAACUUUGUUGUUCUGUGAGGUAGGAAUUCAAAAUAAAGUAGGAUGGUCAAGCCAGGGAACAUAUGAUCUGUGAUGGAAUCAUACAUACCCUUUACUUGUUAUUAGCAUGACUGAUUAAAUGGCCUUUUCUCAUUCUUACAACUUUGUCAUGUUUAUGUUGUGGUAAGCCUAUUAUGUAGAGAUUAAACAAAUAAUACAUUUUUUAACAAUAAAUGAAUGCAAUAACUAACUAGCUCAUAUGGUUAGCAAGUUGUCCGUUCCAACUCUAGACUCCAUGUCUUACCAAAAUGGAAACGUUAGUCAUACUUGACCCAGCUCUUUUACAUUGUGUGAACAGAUCAGCACACCUACAAUUCAUCAGUAAACUGAUGUUCUCAUCAGUGUGAUUGAGAAGAGCUGGGGUGGGAAAUAGUUACAUUCCCACCAGUCUAAGGAUGUUAUCAGACAAAAUAUCCUUUCCAGAGUAAAAUGAACAACUUUAUUAUUUAUUAAAACUGAAGACUAUUGAUACUUCUCAACAUUGAUGUAUUUUGCAUUGAUAUUGACUUAACAGAUUUAAAGUAUUAGUUCAAUUGUUCUUGUUUUUAAAUUGACAAUGUUAAAGUACACAUAAUUAGUCAUGGUACCUUUCUGGUACCUCAUAGGAAGGUCUGUAGUCUUUAACAUUUUUAACUUGUUAAAUAUCAAUGAUCACUUUCCCAUUUUGAACCUAUGACAAGUGCCAGGAAGCAGAGAAGGACAAAGUUGCUCUAAAUAGCAAAUCCAUGCUUCUACUGAAGGAUUAACAUUUAUGAUGCAUCUAUUGGCUCAUUAUAAUAUUAAUCAACCAUGGAUUAUUCAAAGUUAAUUUAUUGAAAAGAAUAAUUGAAAACCUGACUCAACUUUCAUGAUAAACAAUGUGUGUGAACUUGUUUCUUAUUGUGCUGUACAGCACCAUUUAGCCUUUCCUUUAGGUGUGAUAACAUUCUCAGUCUGUCAAAAAAUUAUGAAACCAUUGUAACACUUCAGAAUAAACCAUCUGGUUCCAGAAGAUGUUCUGCCUUUUAGUCAGUUCAUCUCCAUAUCUUGCCUUUCACCUCUGCCUUUUCGUUAGAAUCUUUCAAUCUUUGAUCUGAUGUUUUCAAUUGAUCAAAUCAGAACAAUGUUUUUGCAGAGUUCUGUAUUUCAAGUAUCCUGAAUGUAAUGUAGUGUUGGCAGGGAUCACAAAUUACUGUUCAGCUCUAAAAAUUGAAAGGAUACUUUGCCAAACAAUUGAUAACUAAUUCCUGGAAAAGUUUACAGUUUAAAAUAUGUUCUCUCAUUUUAAUCAACCCUUGAAUACCACCAUUUUCUAUCAUCUGUGGUUUCUAUCAUGAGAAAAGAUCUUUGGAACAGCAGCAAUCAAAUCUAUUACAUGGCCCAUUACAGUUCUGUUUGAAACAAGCAACAUUUGUUGAUGUUCUACCAUGCCUGGUUGUUCUGAAUAUUAGCAUUAUUUAAAAGAACUUCUACUUGUACCUAUUAAAAUCAUUUGUAUUCAUCUACUUUUUUUCUCUGUGGACACUUCUUUGUGACAAUUCAUUUUACACAUGAACUAUUCCUGCUUUGAUCCUGGGCAAAAUAAUUAGUUUGGAUAAGCUUGAAGGGACAUGGGGGCUACACCUAUUUACUAAGUAUUAUGUUCACUGAGUGAAAAUGUGAAUGUACCUUUCAGCACUGUUUCCCAUGUUGAAUACUAUGUGACCUCUAUCUCCUGCAUCUGCAUCUUUCCAACACAAGCACAUCCUUUUUUUGUGUUGUGCUGCUGAUUAUUAAUGUAAUUUAAAUACACAGACAGAAAUUGUUUUGAAGACCUCAGCAAGUCGAGGCCCAUCGGUAAAGAGAAAUACAAUUGAUAUACCAGUCGAUAUCCUUUCAUGAGAACAAGAUUUCAGAUUUUCAGCAUCAUUGGUGAUUUGCACAUGCUUAACCACAGUGUAAAUUGUCAUUCUACCAGCAUGUUAUAAACCUUUAUAUCUUCCAAAAUAAUCUUGAAUCUAUCUUUUAAAUGUUUGGUCACAUCUGUAGAUUGAACUGACAUACCACUCAUUAGUCUUAGAUACAUUUUGAAAAACCUUUUGUUAAUUAAUUUUCUGUUAUUUCAUACUAAUACAUUUGCAACAAGGUAAUUUGCAAAUUUUGAGUAAUGUUUUCAUUGCUUUUACUCAUUGCCAUAACAAAUUAUUAUGUCUAUGGCUUGUAAUCUGAUUUUAUGGAUGAAUUUACAAGUCUCUAAUUCUAUACCUUGCACCGUCCCUCAAUCUGAUGUCAUACCUCUUUCAAUACUCUUCCUUUCUGGACAGUUUCUUCCUAGAACCCUGUUCUAUCAUGGAUUUUGAAAAGUGCAGGAUCAGUAAGAACUCUACCCCAUCUUAGGUGGUCCCACAAAAUGAAAUAAAUUAUUUGUCAAAUAUUUCAGCUAAAUUUGUAGCAUCUUCAAAAAGGUUCAUCUGAUAGUUUCAGAGAAUUAAAUUAUAGGCAUACAGAUUAUCUUCAAGCCUACUUUAAUUACAUGUUCAAAUAAAAUCAUUAUAGUCUGAGAGAUUUCAAUAGCAUUAGAUAGUAGGGGAGGUUUCAUACUUAACAAUAAACUUAAUCCAAAACAAAUAUGCAAAAUAAUUUUCAAAAUAUAAAUAGGAGAAGCUAUUCUUUCUGCCUCGUCAUAACAUAGCAUUCAAUUGUAUUCAGAAUUAAUUUUGUACACAAUUUAACAUAAUCUAACCACUCUUAAUAGACAGACUCUUUCUUAUUUUACAAAUUACUGGCAACAAUGAUCUAGAGUGAAGUGUUCCAAAUCCUACUUGCUCAUUUAAAACAAACUACAAAUAUUUCUUUGAUUUCAUCUGUUUUUGAAUUUGACCUUACUUUCAUGAAUCCUAGUUUAAUUAUGCAAGAACUACAUAAAUUCAUCACUUGUAUGAAUUAUAUAAAUUCCAAACUUAAUUACAUAUUUGACUUCAAUAAUUUAUUUUGACAGUCAAGCAUACAAUGAUUUUAUAUGUUCUAAGGUUAUAAAACUUAAAUUACAUGCUUGACUGUCAUAAAAUAAAUUGACCGUUAAAUAUGUAAUUUACGAUUUGCAUAAUUCAACUUUAGGUUUCUUGAAUGUAAUGACAUGUUCAAAAAGACACCAUGUCAAAUAAAUAUUUUCUAGUUUUAAGUAAACAAGUAAGAACUCCUAUUUAAAUGUAGAAAGAUUUCCUGUUUUUCUUACAGAAUUUAACGGUUAAGAUAUUUCAAGCUUUAUGUUAAAUCAUUACUUUAUUUUACAAAUAUACUUUUUAAUUAUGUAUUACAAUAUUACUUAAUUUCAGUUAGCCGAAAAUAUUAACUUGAAAUGUAUUAACAUUUACAUUAUGAAAAUAUGUUUAUGCUCUUCAAUAGAUGCAUAAUUCAAACAAAGUUAUCUUCUGUAAGUUACUGAUGUUAAUUACUGAUAAAUGUCAGUAAUAAUUUUCAUAUCAACUAAUUGAACCAAUUAAUUUUUGAACUAAUAGUGAUGACUAUUUAGACAGCAUAUUAAUACCAAAGAAUGAAAUAACAAGCAUGAGCUAGAUAGUGUGCACUGCAAUAACUUAGUUAUUGUCAGCAUUGUCUUAACUAUUUAUGACAUUUUAUAGCAAUGCCUAAUAACAGUGUUUAGCAAACUCGGUUACAGUAGAACCUUCCAGUUUACAUUUUUUUAGAUUUUAUUUCUAAAUGAUUUAGUUUCCUUUUCCUUUAUUAAUAUAUUUUUGUUCUUUGUUUCCAGUGACGUGAUUGCAUGAUCUGCAGCAUGACUUUCCAGCAUUGACUAUUCAUUUGCAUGAAUUGAGCUUGAAUGCAUAAUUUAUUAACGUUCUGCUGAUUGUUUUGUAACCCACCAACACUAUGGAUGUAAUAGCCCCAGUCCUCCAAUUUGUAAAUUUGGAUGUAUGAAUAGACUGAACUGGAAGGCACUGUGGAUUAGCACACUGCCUUCUUCGAAAUUUGCUAUCAGACUAACAAGUCUAUGCAUGGUGGUUUUAAGUUUGGACAUGCUGAAUAUGUUUAAAUGGGCAUAGGUUCAUGGUGUACCAGGUCAUUUAUAUUUGCUAUUGGGGCAAUUUAAGGUGCUAUAAACCUGUUUGGCAUAAGAAAUUGAAUGCUUUAAUUGAUCCUUUAGCAUAGUGGUGUUCAGUUUGGGCAAAUUAAAACAGUGGUUUCUCCAAAUGAUCUGGGAUCGCUUGAUGGACGGACGCAUCAGCUAUCCAAAGUGAACCCAUGAUUGUACAAAUGCAAUAUUAUUGUUCACCCUGAACUCAAAAAUACUAGCUAUUUUAUAAUAAUGGACCUCUGAUACCACUUUGUUAUUUGCAAACCUGUUACUAAUUACUUAAUUAUAUUGACUAUGGGCUCUCCAUAAUUACGCUUAUUUAGUUUAAUAACAAGUUCCUGUUUACCAUCCAGUUUAUUUUUUACUUGAUUCUGCAAAUGGAAAGAAAAGCCACAUAAUGCAAAAUUUAAAGCUUUGCACAAUAUAGUAUUAUAUUUAUUUAUCUUUUUGUAUUUAGACGCAGUAUUUCAGGACAUAAUCCAUCAGGGAAACCUGUAUUUCUGUGUCAAAAAUAUUUGAAUCAUUACAUGGUUCAUUAUGUAUAUGAGUUGUCACAAUGUUCUCCGUUUUGACCCCAUUGUGUAGCUGGCAAUCUAUAAGCUGCUUAUAUAAAUUAUGUAUAUACCAUAAACCAAAACUAAAUUACAUCUUCAGGAAAAGUUAAGUGAACUGUAAGAUACAGUGAGUCUUUCCACAAAGUAUCUUUGAAUGCUACAUGUGUUGAAAAGAAAUGUACAGUUCGAUAUAUUGUAAAUAAAAACCUGGCAAGAGUUUG